AUAUUAUAUAUCCGUAUGACCCGCCCGGAAGAUCAUCAUAUCAGUUCAAAUAACAUUACGACGAUGAACUUCAAGGUGGCACUUUGUGUGGUACUGUGCGCGGCCGUCGCGUCUCUACACGCCCUUCCCGCAAACGAAGAGGCCAGAAGCAACACGAUCCAAACCGAAAAUGACCUGUUGGACGCCGUGUACACCGACUGUCUACGCAAAGACUCGAUCAGUUGUUUAAAGUACAAAAUCUACAAUUUCGUAGACAAGAACCUGGGGGCCAAGGACACCAUCAACGUGGCGGAGGGCGUGCAAAUCGUGAAAACCGGAAACGGUGACACCGAGGGAGCCCCACGGGCCAUCAGUAGUGACGAUUCGAUCGAAUCGCUCGUGUUUUCCCGUGUCGCCCGCUGGUUGGAGACACACACCUUCAAAGUUGACCUCAAGGGGGCGGACAUCGUCAACACCGUCCGAUCUGCCGCAAGGAGCUUCAAUGACGUCAUCGCCGAGGCCGAGGAAGAGGAAGCGACCGAGGAGGGCCGAGGCAAAAAACACAAAAAGGGCGGCAACAAGAUGAUGGGCCCCCUGAUGGCCGCCAUGGCCCUCAAGGCCGCCGUCCUCGGGAAACUCGCCCUGUGGGCCAUCGCCCUAUUGGCCGGCAAAGCUUUGAUGAUCGGCAAGAUCGCCCUGGUCCUCUCCUCGAUCAUCGGCAUUAAGAAACUGUUGGGUUCCCAAAAUCAAGGCAAACACGUCACUUACGAGGUGGUGUCGCACCCGCAACACUCCAGCAGCCACGUGAGCACCCACGAGGUGACCGGGUACUCGGGCGGUUCUGGACACGGGGGCGGCUACGGGGGCGACGUGGGCGGCAGCUACGGCGGUUCCGCGCACGGUACCUGGGGCAGGUCGAUCGACGCUCAACAGUUGGCUUUCAGGGGUCAACAGCCCGAACAAUAGUCGCAUUUGACGUUGAUAAACUUUGUAAAUUUUCACUCGUAUCGAGCUUGUUAUGCUCAAUAGUCUUUUUUAUUUAUAUAAUAUUAAUAAUUUAUUUUUUUAGCAUAUAGAUUUUUGACACCGUGACUUAUAAUAUGUAUGACUGACUGACGACGUACCUCUUGAGUGAUGAUUACCAGAUAGGUUUAAGAGAAUUUGUAAAUUAUUUUCGAGAAUAAAUGAUGUUUUUUUAAUAUGUAA